AUGAAUGAUAAGCCUACUCAUGCUGUAGGCUUGCCACCUGUCAGGGUCCACUACUAUGUGCAGUCACACAUUCAAAUUAAUGAGUACCGGGAUCGUGUAGUUCUGCCUGCUGCAACAAAGAAGUAUGGGCGGCAUAUAGGCACAUGCCUGAAGGUCUUGGAUAUGACUGGGCUAAAGCUUUCUGCAUUAAGUCAAAUAAAGCUAUUAACCAUCAUAUCUACUGUUGACGACCUAAACUAUCCAGAGAAGACAGGAACUUACUAUAUAGUCAAUGCUCCAUAUAUAUUUUCCGCAUGCUGGAAGGUUGUGAAGCCUCUUUUGCAAGAAAGGACAAGAAGGAAAGUGCGAGUACUGCAAGGUUGUGGCCGAGAUGAGUUAUUGGAGGUAAUGGAGUAUGAGUCCCUUCCACAUUUCUGUAGAAGAGAAGGAUCUGGAUCGUCUCGUUAUUCUCCAGGAGCUGAUGACUGCUUCUCCUUAGAUCAUCCUUUUCAUCAACAGCUCUACAGCUACAUCAAGCAGCAAGCCUUACACCAGGAAUUCGUUGCUCCCAUCAAACAAGGGUCCUUCCAUGUAGAUGUGCCUGAAUCAGACCUUGAGGGAACAAACAUUGUUAAAACUAUAGAGUCUGAGCUCCAUAACAUUGAUGACCGAAAUGGGCUUCCUCACUCAAUGAACAAGCUUAAAAUUGACAGUGCAUGAAAGUGCACUUGCUAGGGAUAAUAUUUAAAACUACAGUUUGCCCUUGCUAAUCCCCUAACAAAGGUUUGUGCAGUAAAUCAGUUUGAGUUCUGUUGUUUUUCCGUCCAGACACAAUUGUUGAUGUACAAGAAGUGGGUGCGCCCCCUCAGUGCUGGCUCUAUAGGAGGGUGGAGACAGCAACAAAGGCCCUCUAAUAUUUAGCCCGGUAGGGGGAGAGAGUUGCAAGUCAUAGUGUAACUUAAUCUGAAAAUAUAUCGCAAAUGUUCGGUAGUCUAAAUACUUAUUUCUCUAGGUUAAAUGUUACCAGAAGCUUGUAGUAUUUUGCAUAUUGAAGUAUAUGUUGUAUGUUGUAUGGCCUGCUCUAAUUUUCAGGGCAUAAUAAAAUGAAUUUUCUGA